AUGAAUGAACAAUUAUUUUUUAAAGUUUUUAGAAACAAAUAUUUAUUUAAAAAAAUAUUUGAAUAUGCUAAAGAUGAUAAUAAUCAUAUUAGUUUAUUAAUAAAAUUUAAUAAAAUUAAAGAAUUAAUUAAAUUGGUACAUAAUGGAAAAACAUUAAUUUUCUCAUAUCAUAAUAAUAAUAAUAAAUUUAGAGAAACAUUUUCAAAAACAAUUCAAAAAUUAUUUAUUUUAAUUAACUUUAAAAAUAAAGAUAAACAAAUACAUCAAUAUAAUAAUAGUGAUCAAGCAAAUGAAGAAACAAUUGAAUUGAUUUUAUCAUUUUACCAAUUAUUAUUUAAUAGGUAUAAAGAAUAUUUUAAUUUUUUAAAUUUUGCAGAAAUUGCUAUAAAAAGUGAUAACAUUUUAAUAUUAAAAUUAAUUAUUGACAAAGAAUAUAUAAAUAAAAGUAUGACAACAAACCAAUUAAUAAAUGCUUUAUUACCAACUUAUAUUAAAUCAAAAUCUUCAUUAAAAAUUUUAAAAUAUUUAUCAACAUUAACAACAAAUGAAAACAACAUAAUCAAUAAUAAUAAUUAUAAUAAUAAUAAUAAUAAUAAUCAAAACCAUUUUGAAAAAUAUACAAUAACAGAGAUUUUAAACUUUAUUGAACAAUAUCCACAAAAAAUAAAUUUAAAAUUUAAAAUUUUAAAUUAUUUACUUGAAAAUGAUCAAAUUAAAAAGGAAAGAAUAAGAAAUAAAUACAAGUUUAUAAUACCAAAAAAACUAUUUGAUGAUGACCCAUUUUAUAAUAAUUUUACAAUUCAAAACACCAUUGAUGCAUGCAGUUUUUUUUAUAAUAUUAAAUAUGUACCAUAUACUUUAAAUAAGCAUUUAGAGAAAAUAAAUGAAAAUUUAAAAUUAAUUGAAACAAAUAAUCCAUUUAAUAAAUUAAAAUUAAAAACAAGAUUAAAAAAACUAAUACAUAAUUCAAGAAAUACAAUAAUUGAAAAUAAAUAUUUAAAAUUAAUUUUAUCAACAUAUCAACUUGUAAUUCAAAAACCAAUUUUAAUUCACUAUUUAAAAUAUCAAAUUUCAAAUGAAAAGAAUGAUAAUCAACAACAAAAAGAUGAAGAAGAAAAAAAAAAUGAAAAGUAUAAAAGAAUUUUAAAGAAUGGUUUACCAAGUAAAUUAAAUAGUGCACCAAUUCAUCAAAACAAGUACAUUAAACAGUCAUUAAAGUUUGGUAAUCUUGAUUAUUGUUUAUUUAAAAAUCAAAAAAUUGAGGUAGAUGAUAUUUUCAAUUUAUAUGUAGAAAAAGAAAAUAUGAAUCUAUUAUUUAAAUAUUGCAAAGAUAAUAAAGAACAUCAAUUUUCAUUUAUUGAUCAAGUUUUAAAGCCAGAUGGUCAAUAUAAUCAAAUUAUAGAUCAUUUUUUAAUAAUUUGUUUAUUGAUUCAUUUUAAUGAUAUAUCAUUAUUGGAAUAUGUAUUUAAUAAUAAAUUAUACAAUCAUGUUUCUGCUUCAAUUGAAAAUCAAAUAAAAUUAGUUUAUUCAAUAAAAUCUAUUGAAAUGUUGAACUAUUGUUGGUCAAAUCCAAUAUUAAAUGUUUUUUUUAAUAAAACUUCAAUUGCAACUUGUUUUCAAUUUGGAAGAAUUGAUAUGAUAAAAAGGUAUCAACAAUUAAUUCCAAAGGAACAAAAUAUAUGGAAAUCUUUAACAAAUAGAGAAUUUAAAGAUUUCAAUCGGUAUUGUUUAAAUGGUAAAAUUUUAAAAACACUCUGUUAUAUGAUUAGUAACCCAGAGGUAUUUGAUUUAUCAAAUGUUGACAUUAUAGGUUGCAUUAAUAAAUCAUUUGAUAAACAUUUGUACAUGGACGAAAUCAAAUUUAUAAUUAAAAAUUUACCUCUAUCAUUAGAAUUUCCACCAUCAAUAUUCUAUGAACCUUUUAGAUCGAGAUUACUUAAAACUGAUGAUGAAUUUAGUAUUAAAGUAUUUACAAACCCUUUUAAAAACAAUGAAGGUUUAUUAGCUUAUAAAAUUUGUAAAUGGUUAUAUGAAAUCCGGUUAAAUGUAGAUACAUUAGAAUCAAAAAAACAUGGUUUAGUCUACCUUGAAACACUUCAAUGCAUUGGAAAAUUUGGAGAAUAUUUUUCAACAAUCACAACAAUACCAUCAAAUGGGAUAAUUAAUAAAAUUACAAAUGAAAUUGCAAGAUUAAAUAAUUUAAAUGGUCUUUUAAAAAUUAUAGAAUUAUAUUUUAAAUUUGAAAAAAUAAAUCCAAUUAAAUAUUUAGAUCUAUUGAAAUUUAUAAUGGUUGGUUGUGCUGAAUACGGUAAUCUGUAUUUAAUUAAAUAUAUGGUACUCUAUCAAAAUAAUCUUUUUCAAAAAAUUUUUGACCCAAAUUUAAUUUCUUCAAUAAUUAGUACUUCUUUUUUAUAUGGUAAUUUUAAUAUUUUAGAUUAUUUUUUAAAUAGUUUAAAUUUAAAUUAUUAUGAUACCAUUAUAGAUUUUUCAAUGCAUGUUCCAACUGGUUUAAACUUUGGUAAUUUAAUUAAAAAAAUAAAUAUUCCACAAAAUAAUAAUUUUUAA